CUGGAAUGCGCCGUGGCUGACCCUGGUCGUGGUGGUUUGCUCGUGCAGCGCACAAGACACCAGAAAUGCGACGGCAAGAGGCCGUGUUCCCGCUGCAUCAUCCAGGAGACAGAGUGCACGUAUGUCGCAUCGCGUCGCGGCUAUAGAGGCCCUCGCGUCGCUGCCAUUUCCAAGUCCAAGAAGCAGCAGCAGCUUCGCACGCUGCAAUCCGUUACUCCCGAGUAUGUUUCCAAGGAUGUCGCCAUCAUCGGGCCCUCACCGCCGCCAUACACCAUCCUCGGGUCGGCUCCCGCAACCCAAGCCGUAGAUUAUGUUCCCUUCUACGCGCCAACCAUGGCCGGCGUCUUUGACUCGGACUCGUUUGAUUUUGGACCUGUUCCCCCCUUCGCCUUCCAGGCCAGUGAGGUGCCCUUCGCCCAAUUUAACCCUAGCCUGCCUCACGGCUACUCGUUUGUCGAUGACGGCUUCAGCUUCUCCGCGCCUUACUACAGCCUCCAGCUGGACACGCUUGGGGAUGUCUACCUUGAUUCGUAUUACCACCACAUCCACGGCGCCCACGCCUUUGUACUCCCAAAGCACUUUCUCCUUCGUUUCAUUGAGGAGAGCGCCAUCAAGCAUCUGCUGGCCGCCAUGCGAUGGGUUGGAUCCAUUUACAUCGAAACGGCAAACAGCGUCAAUGCCAUCACGCUCUUCAACGAGGCCUGGGGCCUUAUUCUCAAGCCGGACGUUCCGAAGGACGGGUUCCUAAUCCAGGCGAUGAUGGUCCUCAUCCUCGGCCUCGACGGGACGCGCCAGAGAGACAGGGUCCACAAGAUUUUGAACGACUUGGAGACGACCGCUGUUGAGAUCGGUAUCAACACCCGCAUAUUUGCCUCGCUCCAUGGGCAGGGGCUGCCGGUGCUGGAGGAGAGCUGGAGGAGGACUUGGUGGAAUCUUUACAUCAUCGACGCGCUGAUUGCGGGGGUUCAUCGCACUACGGCCUUCAACUUGUACCAUGUCCCGACCACUGUGGCCCUUCCAUGCGAAGAGGAUCAGUAUCAAGCAGGGACCAUACCUCCACCCCGGGAGUUGGAACAAAUGGAAAACAGCGGUUUCUUGGACGACAUGCAGGAAUUUUCGUCAUUUUCAUACCUGAUUCAAUGCGCUCGCUACAUCGGGCAGAUGAUGACCGCGCGCAUCGUGAGCCCCAAUGAUGAGAACAUCUCCAGGAUUGAGACUCUUCUCUCGGGCUGGCGUUUGAACCUGCCACUAUCCAAACGGGAAGGGCUCUUCAACGGGACGAAGCUGGACGAGAUGAUGUUCCAAGGCUACAUGACCCUGCACGCCAUCUCAAUCCUCUUGCACCAGCCUCAUUCCCAGCUCGACACGACCCCGACCCUAGCGAUUGAUGCCUGCGCGCCCAACACGCCUGCUCUCACCAGCUCCGGCCUCAACACCCACACCAAACACGCCAUCCAAUCUGCUAACGAGAUUACGAAGCUCAUCACCCUGCGCGUUUCCCUGUUGAAGCAUACGCCCUUCUUUGCGUACAUGAUCACGCUCGCGUCCACCGUCCAGCUUAGUUGGUGGACGCUCCCGUUUGUACGGCACGAUGACGACGUCGGCCAGCGGAUUCGCCUCAAUCUCGGCGCAUUAUCCAAGUACGCAACCGUGUGGCCCUCAUCCGAGCACCUGGUUGGGCAGGUCAAGGGCAUUGCGCGCGAGGUGUACAAGAUCAAGCAGUGGCAGCAACAACAGAUCUGGCCCAACCCGGUGUAA